CCCAGAGAGCGCCUGCCAGCCGGGGAAACAUGGCCGCUCCUGCUGCAGCCGAGCCCGACGCCGCCCUGCCCUCACUGGCGAUGGCGGCGCCCUGCGCGGUUUGGUUCGGACCCGAGGAUGAUAAAGUUGUGUGUCCCUAUGAUGCUAAUCAUCAGAUGCCGAAGUCCUCUCUGGAAAAGCAUGUAGUUUCCUGCAGACUGAGGAAAUUGGAUUACUCAAAAGAAGAGGAGGCGGAGAUGUAUGACUCGAGUGUUUUCUAUGAGAAAGUAAAUAUUCCCACCGUUGUCAUGGAUAAAGAUCUGCAGUUCCAUGUUAUGAAGCAAGCUAGAAUUUUAAGUGCAAAAGAAGGUGGAAGUUACAGUCAAGGUGCUAGUUCUUUGCUGCCAGUUGAAGUUCCCCAAAAUCAUAAACGUUUCAUCUGUGACCUGUCUCAAGCUGAUCGUCUUGCACUCUACGAUUAUGUUGUCGAAGAGACAAAGAAACAGCGGUCCAGGUCGCAGUUCACAGAAAAUGACAGCGACCUUUUUGUGGAUUUGGCAGCUAAAAUCAGUCAAGAUGAUAGUCAGAAAGGUCCAAAGUCUCAUCUGGAAAUCCUGGCAGAAAUGAGGGACUAUAAAAGACGCCGGCAGUCAUACAGAGCUAAGAAUGUUCAUAUAACAAAGAAAUCAUAUACAGAGGUGAUUCGAGAUGUGAUUGCUGUGCACAUGGAGGAACUGAGCAGCCACUGGCAGGAAGAGAGUAGGUUGGACAAUGAUGCAGAGGUGUGUGAAGGAGGAAAAUCUUCCAUUCCAGCAAAAUCUUCAGGAAGAAAGGAAGAGAGGAGGUCAGCAUCAGUGGACUCUCGACAAUCCUGUGAAAGUUCUAAGGAUACUGAUCGAUCUAGACAGAGGAGAGAUGCCAGCAGAAGCCCCGAGAAACGAAGGAGAAGUCGAGAGAGGGGCAAGGAGAGAGAUUCCAGAAGAAAAAAAGAGAGGGAUGAAGGCAAAUAUCUGAGUCACAAAAGAAGAAAAUAGGAAAAGGCAGCUGUAAAGGCAAUGUCCAUUGUGUUCACUGUUUGUUUAAUGGAACAGACUGAAAUUGUACAAGUCAGAAGACCUUUGCCUAUCAGCAGCGUGCUGGCAAGAGUGGCACCUUCAUUACAUUGGACUCACCACCACUGUGAGUCUACCAGCAUUAUGCUUCUGUGAAAACAUGGCUGUAGUCUCAUGUUUUGGAGUUCUUUUUAUAUCAGAAGUUGAUAUGUAAUCUGUUGCAUGACAUGUGAUUAAUAAAUACAAUUUAUUACAUUGUUUCUAA